AUGAAGAAGAUCAGCGCACGACCUUGGACUGUGGGAGAAGACAGAGAUUUGAUCGAGGCUGUGGAGAGAUACGGCACACACAGAUGGGAAGCUGUGGCCCGCUUUCUUGGAACACGAACAGGGAGAGAAUGCCAGAAUCGGUGGGUUGCUUGGCUCCACCCCCAAAUAAGAACAGAUGAAUGGAGCCAAGUGGAGGAUGCGAAGCUCCGGCAGCUGUCUACACUACUUCCAGCUCAGUGGCAGACUAUUGCGGAUAUGUUCAACGGCAGCCGGACUGCAACGUCUUGCCAACUGAGGCACUCCUUCCUCCUUGAAAACCCACAGAAAAUCUCCAACCAAGAAGGAUCUUCAACCUUAACCAAAAAACCUGGCCCACCACGGAGAAUCUCCAGCCAAGAAGGAUCUUCAAGCUUCACCCAAAAAACUGGCCCACCACAGGAGGAGGACAAAACUCCUGCGGUGAAGGAGGAGGAGAAAACUCCUGCCCUGAAGGAGAAGGAGAAAACUCCUGCCCUGAAGGAGGAGGAGAAAACACCUGCCCUGAAGGAGGAGGAGAAAACACCUGCCCUGAAGGAGGAGGAGAAAACUCCUGCCCUGAAGGAGGAGGAGAAUUCCCAAAGCUGA